UUUGAUGAGUGGUGGGGAAAUUGAUGUGCUUAUACAGAUGUAGGGUAUAAAAGGAGAUGGAGAGACGAGAUAGUGUCAAGAAAUGGAAACAAGAGGAAGUCAAAGGUAUAUCUAAGGGACCUAUAAAGGUCAAGAUAAAGACUGACUGUCUUGAGAAUAGAAAAGAAGGGUCGACAAAGCCUGAGGAAGACAAAGAAGGAGAGAGAUGUCCUAUCUGAAUUACUGAUUUUAGUCAUAAUGAUUCUCAAAUUAUUGCUCUGCUGAAGAGCUUAGUAAAUAAGAAAAAUCUUGAAUUAAUACCAGUAUCUCUCCGAGGAAAAGGACUAACUGAUAAUGUUGGAGAACCUGCCAUCUUUUAUGUUGAAAACUCGGAUGCAGGCAAAAGUAGCAUAACUGAAUCUCCACAAGUGGCUUUGCCAUCUAUGCAACCAGAAUAUAAUGUUAGAGUUGUGAAACAGAGUGAUUUUGGAAACAAAAUGCAAAGUUUAUUGAGCGAGUUUAGUAUAAAUGGUGUCUGAAUCCUCAAGGCCUGAAGCCACAUUUACCAUAAAUGCUGUAUCAGAGAUUGGAUGAGAUGCCAUAAUACUUGCCCAUUAUGAAAAAGAAUUGUCUAUAAGGAGCUUUCUCUAUCCUAUCUCUCCUCAGAUAGUGAUUUCAGUUCGACAUCUAGCAUCACGGAGCCAUAUAAUUCUUUCCCUUCAUAUCCUUUCAUACCAGAGGAUUUAGUACUACGUUCUCCCGCAGCAGGUCCACAAGGAAUAAUGAAUCAUCUUGAGUCUUCUGUAUAUGAGAUAUGUCUUUCUCAUGAAGAAGAAUUAUACGAAGUAAAUUUUUCUGAAGAACAAUUUUACAAUGAAAGUUUUAUUGAAGAAGAACCAGUUGAAGAAGAAUCAUCCGAGAUAGAAUCAGUUGAAGAAGUAUUAAUCGAAGAAAUAUUAACCGAAGAGAACAUUAGUUUAGAACUAGUUGAACAUAAUUUUGUUUUUGAUACCAAAUCCCCUGGUAUUCCUCUGGAGGGAAACCAAUUCUUGAACGUGUCCCAAGGGAAUAUACCUGAGAAGAUGUUGCUAGAUGAUGAAUUUUCGGUGGAUCCUGCAUCAGAUCCUGGGCAUACUGACUAGAAUCUCAAGUUGAUUUAUGAUCAAAGCUUGACUCAAUAA